GGUCCACAGAUAGUUGGAUUAGUGAGUGGUGGGAAGGAUUCUCUCUUUAGCUUGCAGAUAGCAAGCGAACUCGGUUUCAAGGUCGUGGGAGUCUGCAACUUGUGGGCUGCUGACGAGCUGGACAGUUUCAUGUACCAGUCCGUGUGUACUACUGUAGUACAGCAAAUCGCGAGAGCGAUGGACGUGAAGCUGAUUCGCAAACGCAUCACGGGCAAACCCUUACAGCAAGAUUUGUACUAUGAUCAUGCUGCGACGACGACGACGAAUUCCAAAAAUGCUUCAAAAAAUUCGAGUUCGAGUAGAUCGAAUGAAACGAUGAAGACUCGCGCCAGCAUUGGUGGAUCGAGAAGCAAUACCCACGAGGAAGAUGAAAACGUCACGUCGAAAACAAGUGGAGGCGAUAGCGACACCACGGCUCGGCUAGAACGGAGUUCUUCGAGUAUUUCAGUUACAUCUGCACGUUGUAGGAGGUCCUCUUCAAGCUCGUGCUCGUCUUCAGGGUUAGAAGGUGACCUGGAGGCUCAGGGCACACCAUCCACGCGAGCAGACGACGAAGAUCGUCUCGAUGACCUAGACAAUGUUGCACUUGAACGUGCGAUCUACAAGCGAAAGAUCAGUUUGAUGGCUGAAUUUGCUGAUCCCUUUCCGGAGUUGCCGGACGAUGAAGAAGAUGAAGCCGCGACCGCGACGUUAGAAGCCAGUUGUACUAGAAGUACUGCAACACCGCGAACGAGUCAACAUGCUGCUUUUGCGACCACGCCUUCCCUACUUCCUGAUCAGGAAGUAGAACGUCCUUCUACCACUAUCUCUCAGCGCAGAGCAGGGACGCCUUUGCCUAGUAGGCCAUGCAGUGAGCAAGGGGAUCAUUCGGAGCUUUCUAGCCUGGACGACUUGAAUGACAUGCUUAGCUCUCCUCCUGAAGAUCAUGUGCUUCUAUCUUCAUCUGCAGGAGCUCCUGUGAUCUCAACUCCUCGUCCGAAGAAGAUGAUGGAUGAAAGAGCAGCAGAACCAGAACAGCACAUGUGGUCUGCCGCAAUCACGACCACAACCUCUGUAGGAAGAAGUCGAAGAGGACGCAGUUCCUCCAUUAUCUUGGAGGAUAACGAAAGUUUCGAAACGAGUCGUCUUGGUGCACCAAGUAGAUCAACUUCAAGAGCUGCGUUUUUGGGCGAUGAAGGUGGACCCCAGAAGACCACUACAUUGAAGAGGGAGGACUGCUCUAGUACUUCUGCUAUCCGAACCACGGUAGGCGAGUCCUCGUCGUCGUGGACUACAAAAGUAGGAAAAAAACCUUCUGGUUCAUCUGAAAAUACGCCUCCAAAACAAGAAAGUCCUGCUAUAGUACUAAUGCCGAAAGUAGCAUCUUCUUCCUCUUCCACCACGACUUCAACCUGCUCUAGAAGGGAUGCAACACCACGUGACUCACGGAGCAAGGAUGGCAGAGCUGCGGCUUCUUCGAAAACAAAAAGUACAACUUCAUCAAAUCGUCCAUCAACUCCUACCCCCGAGCACGACGAGACCGAGGAUCUUUACCUCCUGCUGCGCGAAGCGAAGAAUGUCUUCCCAGAGCUGCACGGGGUCUGUGUCGGCGCUAUUUUUUCCGAUUACCAGCGUUUACGCGUCGAAUCCGUCUGUUCGCGUCUCGGUCUCGUGUGCUACGCUUACCUAUGGCGCGUGCCGCAACCUUUGGUCCUUCGUGCGAUGAAAGAGGAUCCACAAUUUGAUGCUAUUUUGGUAAAAGUCUGCUCUAUGGGCUUGGAUCAGAGGCAUCUGGGAAGGACUCUGCGAGACCUUGAGCCUACUUUUUUCGAGUACCAGAAGAAGUUUCAUUUCCACGUGUGUGGGGAAGGUGGCGAAUACGAAACUCUGUGCCUUCGGUCGAAACUGUAUGUGCACAACAAGGAGCGUGAAAAAGCGUAUUGGCAAAAUAAACGCGGUCUGCUAGGUACUAGUGGUGCUGCAACAACAAGUGCUGCAACUUCUUGUAGUACCACGUUGCGAGUACGUAGUACCUCGUCUAAAAUGAAUACAAGUGCGGCCGCAAGAACGGAGCCUCAUCUUCCACGACGUACACUUUCUUCAUCCUCAGCGUCCUCCUUCGGUGGAGGGACAGAGGGGCAGGAAAUUGCUUCACUCUCUUCCAUCGUGGAUAAGCAUUUCAGCUCGGUGUCUCAUGGCGCUGGCGUCUUUUAUCUGCAUCCACGUGGAGAGGGAGGUGAAGAACAGGAGCCGGGGUCCUCGUUGAAGCGAAGAACGUCGUCAAUUAGGACGAGCUCUAAUAGAGCCCGAACCUCAGGAUCAAAGCGUGGAAUGAGCAAAGGACCUUUAGAUGACUUUUUGCUUCGUGCGGGGAUCUCCGCAAGAGCAGAAAUGGAGGAGGCAGCUGUACAAGAAAGUGGAGAUGAGGAGGACAAUGAAGAAGCGGAAAAAUGUCAACUACGAUGUCAAGGCAGCUCCUCAUCUGACAAUCCCGAUGGAGAUGACAACACCAUUAUCACCUCCGAUUUCACAACACGUGAUCACUAUCGAAAAUUCUUGAGCGCGAACUUCGAGUUUCAACAAUACUCUGAGCUGUUGCGUCGUGCACAGAAACAACGUGGGUCUGAAAUCAUUGCUGAGACGAAGAACAAAGAAGCUCUCGUCUAUGAACGUACCUAUAGUACAACUUACAGUACGAUGAAAGGGAAUACGGGACCGGGAGGAGAGGAUAGUCCGAAGCCACGCAUAAGACUUCUGAGACGCCAUACAAGAACAUCAUCGUUAUUGAGUACUAGGGCGUCUUCUCAUGGUGCAAUCCAGUCUGAGUCACACCUCGAACAAAUCAUGAAGAGGUCUCCAUCGUGUACUUCAUCUGCGACAACUGGUACAAACAAGUCCUCGACCACUUCUUCCGUGGCACCACCUAAGGUGGAGUUUUUCUGGGAUCCUGUGUGGACAACAGGUCCACCGUCAACUACAGGACAAAGGACGCCUUUGUGGUUUUUCGCUCAGGACCUCGACAUUGACGCACUGAUUCCUGCCAGGAUUCAUAAGCAAGAGGUCGCGCCACUUCCAGGAGCCGAGGAGGAUAAAGCUCAAUGGCUUCGGGAGAAGCAUCGACGUGGUUCUUUUGAGAACGCUGCGAUGCAGGCUGAGUUGGUUUUCAAUUUCGCGAGGGAGCUGUUACUCAAUCACGGGUUAGAGGAAAGUGUGCUUUUCGUCGAUUUGCAAUUGGCUGACGUUGCUGCCGAUUUUGGAGAGGUGAAUAAGCUGUAUAGCUCCGUGCUGUUUCCGAACAAGAUACGACCGCCGAGUCGUUGCUGCUAUCAAACCUCGUUGCCGCCAGGAGUGAAACUGCGUGUGCGCAUGAUAGGCACAGGAGCGGCGGGAGCUGAGGAGGAGGAGCAAGAGAUGAAUAUAGAUGAUGAAGAGCUCCUACUAGACCUAGGAGACGAGGACGGACGAGAUACGGAGAACAUUCUUCUAGAUGUUGACAAGAAGCAAGAACCGAAUCGCGCUCGCGAAGGAGGAGCCAGCAAGGAGGAAGAAGAGCCUUGCUCUACUUCUGAAGAUCAUUUGGAUGAGUUUUUCCUUGAUGACGAACAAGAUGUUGAAAUCGCGAAAGGGAAAGCUCCUAAGGAGCUGGACAGAAAGAAGAAAAUAGAUGUUGCUACAGAAGUCGCAACAACCCACGUUCAAUCUGUGUCCGGUUGGGCAAUGGCCUGCAUUGGACCUUACGCGCAGGCUGUACGACGUCACCACGACGGACUGUUUCUCUCUGCAGGUGUCCUGGGUCUCAUACCUCACGCAAUGAUUCUUCCUAGUGCUGGAGGAAGGAAAGAG